UGAGAGAGAGACAACGGCAGUCCAACUAGAUCAGAUUGCAAAAGACUGAUAGAGAGCUGUUCAGUUAAUAAGCAGUGAGAGGUUAUUAGACAGGUUUACGGCAAAUGUGAAGGAUAGACUUAAUGUUAGCAAAAAAUAAAGGAUGUGCAGAAGACCCGCUGAAGAAAUUGCCUCAAAAAAUGGAGAUACAAAAACCUGACUUUUCAUUUGGAUAGUUCUCGUUAAACCUUUUGCACCUGUUUCGCAAGUCCGGCACUCACCGAGCAGCAGCAGCAGCAGCAGCUUGACCCGGGGUUCUGGUGUGGUUCAGUCUGGCCAGAACUGAAAUUCCUCUGUGCUCCUGAAAAAGAGAGAGACAAGAGAUCAAGCAAGGAUGAAGAAAUUCAAAGGGGGUCUGUGCCUUGUGCUGAAGAUGAUGGAGUGGUUUUCUCCGGUAUUAGAGUGACACACAAACAAGGAACAGCUGUAGUGGUGCAGAUGCAGAUAAUGCCUCAGUUUGGUUAACAGGGACACUGGGAGAGAAGAUACCAACUUCUAGUGCUACAGCCUGGAGUAGGACAGGUAGAAAUAAAGGGACUGGAUUAAUGCACAAGGCUCCCACCCGGCUCCCGGUCUAUGACUCACUAAAAUGCAGCCUAGCCAGUGAUCACGCUGUGAGAGGCCUUGGUCACACACUGGGACUCCAGGCCUGCCCUUCUGCUCUAACACUGCAGCUGGAGGCACUGUCAGGAGCAUGAGUGUGGGAAGGAUCAACCGCUACAGCAUAGUGUCAUCUGAGGAAGAGGGCCUGCGCCUCACUACCAUGCAUGGCAUGAACGGCUUUGGCAAUGGCAAGAUCCACACGCGCCGCAAAUGCCGCAACCGCUUUGUAAAAAAGAAUGGCCAGUGCAAUGUGCAGUUUGCCAAUAUGGACGACAAGUCGCAGCGCUACAUGGCCGACAUCUUCACUACGUGUGUUGAUAUUCGCUGGCGAUGGAUGCUGGUAGUCUUCACUCUUGUGUUUGUCGUCUCCUGGCUGGCCUUCGGCUUAGCCUUUUGGGUCAUUGCUCUGCUACAUGGAGAUCUGGAUAACCCAGCCGGAGAUGACAACUUCACUCCAUGUGUCCUACAGGUCAAUGGAUUUGUGGCUGCCUUCCUAUUCUCCAUUGAAACACAGUCUACUAUUGGUUAUGGCUACCGCUGCGUUACUGAGGAGUGCCCAGUGGCUGUCUUCAUGGUGGUCUUCCAGUCCAUAGUGGGCUGCAUCAUUGACUGCUUCAUGAUCGGCGCCAUCAUGGCCAAGAUGGCAAGGCCUAAGAAGCGAGCACAAACACUUUUGUUUAGCCACAAUGCUGUCAUUGCCAUGCGGGAUGGAAAGCUGUGUCUCAUGUGGAGGGUAGGGAAUCUUCGCAAGAGCCACAUUGUAGAGGCCCAUGUCCGAGCACAGCUUAUUAAGCCUCGGAUAACUGAUGAGGGGGAAUAUAUUCCUCUAGACCAGAUAGACAUUAAUGUGGGCUUCGACAAAGGCUUGGACAGGAUUUUCUUGGUUUCACCCAUCACAAUUCUCCAUGAGAUAGAUGAGGAGAGCCCCCUAUUUGGAAUCAGCAAACAGGACUUGGAGACAGCAGACUUUGAGAUUGUUGUCAUUUUGGAGGGAAUGGUUGAAGCAACCGCCAUGACCACGCAGGCUCGCAGCUCCUACUUGGCCUCUGAGGUCCUUUGGGGUCAUCGGUUUGAGCCAGUCUUGUUUGAGGAGAAGAACCUGUACAAGGUGGAUUACUCUCACUUUCACAAAACCUAUGAGGUGCCGUCCACCCCUCGCUGCAGUGCCAAGGACAUGGUGGAGAACAAGUUCCUAGUCCCCAGCUCUAAUUCCUUCUGCUAUGAAAAUGAGCUGGCCUUCUUAAAUCGUGAUGAGGAAGAGGAAGAGGGUGUAGGUGGUGGGAGCAGGGCACUGGCAAACCUCAGUCCAGACCGGAACAGCCGACAUGAGUUUGAACGCUUACAGGCCACCAGGGCACUUGAUCAAAGGUCAUAUCGUAGAGAGUCAGAAAUAUGACCUUUAUACAUUGGCCCUGGGUCAAAUUUCAAUAACAUUAUCCAAGGGUAAAAAUGCAGAACAAUGCAAAGUGCCAUAGGAAAAGCUGACAACUGUGAAAGAGUGGAAAACAAAUAGGACCACAAUAAAAGGGACUUAACUGGAAGGCACGGGGAAAAGCAUGAGUACACAGCUUAAAACAUUGUGGUAUGGAAUGUCUACAAUCAAGGAAAAGGCUAGAGAAAGACCUUCUUCCUUCAUGGAAACUUGAAUCUUUUUUUCCACAUGGUCAUUUUGAGUUAAGAGUGUUUAAUGAUAGUGCAUCAAAAUACUAUUAUGACAGAAACCUUAUAAUCAAAUAGGUGUAAAUACAUUUCUUAGGUAAGUUAUGUUUUGUGUGCAGUAUCAGUAUCCAAAAACACCUCGAAAAAAAUAGGAGUUGCUAUUUCAACUUGUUCUUGGCCACAAACAAUAGUGUUACAAGGCUUCUCUAAAGCCUUUCUCACAGUGCUGGACCUGCGUUCAGAGACACAUUGAAAAUUCAUGCACUGCAGCAUUCAAACGCACCGAGCCAUGAUAAAACAUCUGACCGUGAGCCACUAAGAACAACACAAUUCAACAAUUCAUCUUAGCAUUAGUAAGAUACCACAAUCUAACUCCAACACAGGGAGAGUUUAUAAAAUUACUUGCACUAUGAAGAACCUUAAAGAAUGUGCUGAACAGAAAUUAAACAUUAUGAACACUAUUCAUUAUCACAUAAUGCCUCUUCUAAGCCCCCAACAUCAUGAUUUGGCUGCUUACACAUAAUGACAUGUACCAACACUGCUAAGAAGACAGCCAAAACAAAAGCACAAAUGUUGGGCAGCUGACUUAAAUAAACAGUCUGUAAGAACACUACAGUUUGAUUUUCUAGGUUUAGGUUAUUUAAAUCAAUAAAUAAAUAGCUGCAAUUUGUAAUUCCACAAACAAAUGCACCUUAUAGUGUACCUUUACUUUUGCAACUUAUCUAACAAACUAAGUUGAACUAAAACCUGUAUGUCGGCAGUCAUUAACACGUUUUCCUUUCCGUACAGAAAUUAAGACAAACUGGCAUGAAUUGAUCCGACAUGUUGUGCAUUUGUUCUCUCUAAAAAUUGAUCUAUGCAUAGUAACCGUAUCAGGGGACAGACAUUCUACUGAGUUCUGAGAUGAAAUUAUGUAAUGCCGUUGCUUUAAACAACACCCAAGACAAACAGCCUGAAACUUAGAGGGAAAAAAGGAAUUAAGUCAAUUUCAAAGAAAAGCUGUUUUGUUUAUCAAAGCUCUCUCUGACCAGAGUUACAUUAAACUGAUAGCACGUCUUGUUGUGUUUGGUUGGCCAAAGUGUAGUCCUGAGAUCAAGCCACAUAGGUGUUUCUAUCCACCCCAAAGGCACCUAUCUCAAAUGUUAAAUGGACAACAUACAAGAUACAAGAAACAAACAUGAUAAGGACAGAUGUAUCUAUAACACUUUGUGUUAUACUGAUAAAGUUAGAAUAGUUCAAAUGUAUAGGCAAACUCACAGUAGCUGCUCCUACAGCUCUAUUCAUUAUGAAUCAACAGUGGCUAAGUGGCCUUUAUAUUGUUACAUAGAGAGCUCACUUGUUUUUAGACUAAUUACAGGAAAACAUGUUAUUAAUUUAUUAUCUGACACAAUAUUCCCUUAAUUUGGCUAAAACGAGUAUACAGAUAUAGACAAGCAACAUUAAAACAAAGAAAAAAACUGCUUCCCCUUUUUACAUUACUUCAUUCUUGCAUUUACACAAAUCACAAACUGUAGACAGCUCAAUGCAUUUGAGCAAUAUGCUAAUAUGAAGAGUGAAGACACUGGAACAAGGUCUGAAUGGGAGCAAUAAACACUGAAGCACAAUUUUUUUUUUUUAAAUCAAUGUUAAUAAACAUAUUCUUAAUGAUUCCCUGGCAGUACACUGAACAUACAUAUUUAGAUAUCUCAAUUCACACUACAAGUGAAGGCAUGGUGCAAGAAGAAUGACCAUACAAUGCUUCUGUUUUUAUUGUACUUGUAUGCAUACGAUUUUGCUGAUUUGAUACCAAAGUAAUAGAGUGUAGCUCAGACCGAGAUUUUGAAAUGAUUGUUCCCUUGGUAAUCCCCCCAAACCAGUUUAGACUGAUGGUGAUAUAGACGGGUAGCAAUAUUCUAAAAUGGUGUUUGAGUCUCCAUUUUGCAAAUGAUCUCUCUGUAGAUUUAAAGAAUUUCUAGAAAAAUAUGCCAUUCAAUAAAACAAGUCCCAGUUGAGCCAAAACAAAAAAACAAACCAAGUCAAAUUUAAUUUGUACUAAGACUUAUUUGAUAUCACUGUAUACCGUAGUUUAAGAAACAAAUGUAUUAUGCAUGACAAUUUUUUCAUCGAUAAGAGAAAUAGCAUUCAAAAAUGAUCCCUGAUUCUAGAUGCCUUGUCAGAGUAUAUCAUUCAAACCCCAUUAUGUUCAUGUUGCUUUGCAACACAUUAUUAAUCGAGUCCAGCUUAUAUAUUACCUCACUAAAACAUGGAUGUCAUGUUCCUAUGAAAGAAUUUUAGUAAAUUUUCACAUAUAAAAAAUAAUUUAUGUGUAAAGAAGGAAGUUUUAGAAUCUGAUGAAAAGGUGCAACAUGAAAACUAAGAGGAGAACCAUAAAAUGGUUGUUAUGUUGGUCACAAUGACUAAUAUUUUCCUAACAGUCAUUUAACUUUAGUGAUAUGUUUGAGUCUAUGAUAUUUCUUAGUUACAUGUUGCUUUUUUAGAAAAAGAAAGUAGGAUGUAGUAAAAUCUAAAUAGAACUUCUGACUGAUAAGUGAAGCAUUCUUUAUCCAACUCCAAAGUUUAUGCUCAAUACCUUCUGGGAAGGUUAUGUACACUGAUGUGUGAAGCCUCUGCACCAACUCAUAAAGUUUCAGAGGUGAAAAAGGUGAAGAGUCAACAGCUUCUACGCUAUAUCACUGAAAUGGAUAGCUCAAUCAUUUCUACUUUUUUCAAAGAUUGUUUUAGAUUAGAUGUGUCCCAUCCGAGCUCUUAAAAAAGAAGCACACACAAAUCACCAAGGUUUUAGCUAGAUAUGAAGGUUUAUAGUGUAAAAAUCAUAGUGAUGUUAUAAAAUUGAUAAUAGGGAGCAGCCAGGCUGAACAAACCUGCUUAUUUUUAUACAAAGUUCUUUUUGAUAGAAUACAGCAAUCAAUAUUUAUCUGUUUUUACCAGAGUACUAUAAUGAAAUCACCAUUAAGAGGCAAAAUAUGAUACUUGUCUUAGUUUUCAAUUAUCUAAGUUCUGUUUUUUUUUCUUUCUGCACAGAAGCUCAUGAUUAAACAGGUAUUUCUCUUAAAGGGAUGAUUGGAAAAACUUUUGACCUCUGUAGAAGUCUUCCUAUGUCCAGCAAAAUGUCUACUGGGCUUUUGCUUUUAAUUCAAAGUCAUUUAAAUUAUUCAAUUAAAAAACUAACUGUGAAAAA